AUGCCGGAAGUCCCACGUUUCAAGCUUAAUACUGGCGCGUUGAUGCCCGCCGUCGGGCUCGGUGGAUGGGGCGGGGUGGAACAAGAAGCCCGUAUCAACGCAUGGCAAUUCAUGGUCCCUGCCCUGCAGUCCGGAUAUCGGCUGAUUGAUACCGCCUGGGCUUACGGUACGGAGCGGGCCACGGGAGAAGCCAUCAAGAAAUCUAGCAUUCCUCGCGACCAGAUCUGGAUCACGACCAAAUUGCACCACCAGCACCAAGGUGUUUUUGUCGAAGAGUACUUCGAGGAUAGCCUGAAGAAUUUGGACAUGGAUUAUGUCGACUUGUUGCUGUUGCACUGGCCGCAAACAUCGAAAUUCGUUGCCGGCGUCACUGAUCCACUCGACCAAGAUGGUGACCUGAUCACCUACGACACCCCCAUCUUCCCCGAGAGUUGGGCGCGCAUGGAGAGGAUUUAUGAGAGUGGGAAGGCGAAGGCUAUUGGCGUAAGCAAUUUCUCCAUCAAGAACCUCGAAAAACUUCUUGAGACAGCCAAGGUUGUUCCUGCAGUCAACCAAGUCGAGACGCACCCAUACCUCGUGCAGCAGGAUUUGAAAGAUUACUGCGAUAAGAAGGGGAUCGUACUUACGGCGUACACCCCCACUGGUUACUCUACUGUGCGAAAUGACCCAACUAUACUUGAGCUCGCCGACAAGUACAAGGUCACUCCCGCCCAGAUCAUACUCGGAUGGCAUAUUGCGCGCGGGGUCGCUGUCGUGCCGAAGAGCUCCAACGAACAGCGCCAGAGGGAUAACAUCAACCUCCCAACGCUUGACCCUGAAGAUGUCAAGCGCAUCAGUGGCCUCGAUCGGAACCAACGGCUUUGCAACUACGCAAAGAAGCCUGGUGGAAAGGUCUGGGGCUGGAUGUAA